AUGUUGGAAUCGUGUCUUACGCUCGAACCGAGUCUCUCGGAAUUCCACGACUAUUCCAUAUUCAACUCAAAUGCACCUGUUUAUUUGCUUGGACAUAAGUUCGCGGCUAGAGAGGAUAUGGAUGCGAUAAAAGACUACGUAACGUCAAGACUCUGGUUCACUUAUCGUAAGAAUUUCAUGCCCAUAGGGGGUACUGGACCGACGAGCGAUCAGGGUUGGGGUUGUAUGUUGCGGUGUGGUCAGAUGUUGCUGGCACAGGCAUUGAUCAUACGUCAUCUGGGCAGUGAUUGGACCUGGAAGAGGAACAACAAAGAGGACGAAUAUAAACGUAUUAUCAGAAUGUUUCAAGACAAAAAAUGUUGCUUGUUUUCGUUACAUCAAAUCGGUGAGAAUUUGAUCUGGUCGAUUUGUUGA